UGGGAAGCUGAGCAGUGAGCCGUCCCUAUUGCUCUUGCCCCCUCUCUGCUACUCUGCACCCUGGGAAGUGCACUAUCUGUUUAGAUUGGUGUCUAUAUUUAAACAUUCAUUGCCUCCCCUCCCCUCUGUCCUCCUCUCUCUCUCUCUCUCUAGGGCUUUACUGGUGGGGAGGGUUGCUCUGCUAUCUGGAAGCUAUGGGACAUAGUUGCUAAAUUCUCAAGUGCAACCCAAGCGCCAGCACUCGUGGCCGAACUGAACUUGCACCGAAGAAUCGAGAGGGUCCCACAGGGUAGAGGAUACUUGGUGGGCCCUGAAGCCAGGAAGGAAAUGGAGGGGAAAUCAGCGGAUAUCAGUUCAGCGGAGGAGGCCCCAGUACCAUCAGUGGCAAAGCUUGCAGGGAUAUUUGGAGAGCAGCGCAACAGCCCCAGGAAAGAGAUACCCCCCCCAAAACCAACUCGAAGGAGACCCCCCUGCUCCCUCCCCCUAUACAAGCCAGAGGUCACGCACAAUGACGAAGAGAGAGUCUCCCCACCGGCUUGUCUGCAGUCUAAAAUCAAAGUGAAAAGUUCUCCCCUUAUAGAGAAGCUUCAGGCCAAUUUAGUUUUCCCUCCAGUUGUGCUUCUACCAGGUGGAGGAGGGUUGCCGAAGAGCCCUGGCCUGAAAGUUAUGACCUCUCCGUUCAGCAGUCCCCCAUUGACGCCUGGCAGCCCAGGAAUCCAGUCUCGUUCCAGCGAAUCAGAUGAAACUCCUGUCAGUUUUGAAAACCCACCAGAGGGUGCCCAUACCCUGAGUACAGCUAAGCUUCGUACAAAAGGCUCCAUAAAGCGCCGACCUCCGAGCCGAAGAUUCCGCAAAUCCCUGACAGAGUUUGGGACCGAGGAUGAGGUAGAGUCAAGCAAAACUGCAAAAGAAAACGGAGAGAAAACCCAAGACGCAGAUGAAGUCUUCAAUCCAAAGGAAAAGCAGAACAAGGAGGAAUCUGAGCUGCUUACUGAGACCCAGGAGGAAACAUCAAAGCCAACAGGAGAGUCAUCAGAAAAAAGUGAAGAAGAAAAGUCCGGAGAUGGGAAAGAAACAGAAACAGAGAGGGAAUCAGAUGCAAAUCAGGGAGAUGAAGAUACUAAAAAGGACUGUGAAAAAGAAACCACAGUAAAUGAAUCAGAUCCCAAAGAGCCGACCAUUGCGCCUACAGGGCCCACCAACAUAGAAACUACAGAAGAGAAGCCAUGUGACCUGUUGGGAAAGGAUGCGGAUGCAGAAGGAAGUAAAUCUAAUGGAGAGACCUGGACAAAGAAAAUUGAAGGCUUCACUGUGACCAAUAAAGGAGGGCAAAUGAUAUUUGUGACUACAAGCUUUGCUAAAUUCUCUGCUGUAUUCCCAGAAACGACUUACUAUAAACAUGGAUCAUGAGUGGGAUCCUCCUUGUGGGAAUUCAGAGGCACCUGAGUCUGUCCGACCCCCACGUGUAGGAAUCAAGGGCGUGCACUGUUCCUGCUGGGAAUAAAUGAUGAAUAUGAAACUCAAUGGAAGGAGACUGCCUUUUCAAAUGCUGCAGCACAUGUGGUGUUUAUUUACGAACUGUUGUUAUUUAUCAUUUUGGAGCAAAUUUGUGUAUCUUGGCUGGCACUGCAUUAGAAAGGGAUGGAAGAUCGUCGAUAUCCAGAGCACAAAGUACUAUGGCCUCACCUAUUUCUAAUUUAUAUCAGAUGUUCCUCUUAUCUGGGUCACAUUACAUAUUCAAAGAGUCGCUUGGGUUUUUUUAUGGAGUACAUAUGGGCAGCCCAAUGAAUAACGUAUUUCAAUCAACGGCAAAAUGUACUUGAACAUGCCAUUAGACUGCAAGAAGUAGAUUUCUGAUCUUCAGAAACCUCUGUUCAGUGCCAGCAUUCCACAAAAACCUAUAAUGCUUGCUGCCGAACUCAGUGUGGUCUUCUGGAUUCUGGAAAAAUCAAAACGUACUUGAACAUGCCACCAGACUGCAAGAAGGAGAAAGAAGGAGAUAUCUGAUCGUCAGAAACCCAUCCUCUAUUCAGUGCCAGGAUGCCACAAAAAAUGAUUGCUGCCAAAAUCAGCGUGAUCUUCUGGAUUCUGGAAACAUCUCCAAUGGCUUCAGAUAACUACCAUGUCGUUGGCUAAGGGCAACAGGGCAUCUUAGCUUCAGAAGAAGGAACCAAACAUUUGUUGCUCCUCAAGCUUUCAUUUUGUUCAGUCAAGGUCCUCUUUAGCUUGCAACAUGUAGACUACUCUUUCUUUCUAUUGUUUCAUGGCGACGCAUUUCACUCAACUCCACCAAUGUGUUGCCAAACAGGCUUUUAUACCCAUUUAGCUUCAGAUUUCACUGUUUGCUGCUUUUACAUACAAAAAGUAUGAAACGUGUUGUUGUGACUUUAUAGAGUGUAUAGACCAUCACAAGAUCUGCUUUACCCUGAUAGAAGUAUUAAUUGUUUUCUCCCGAGCGUUGCUGCUCAUCAAGCUCUUGUCCAGAGAAUAGGGUGACCAGCUGACCUUAGAUCCACUUGACAAUCAUUGAGGCACAAAUUGUGCCUCAAUCAAUACUGAGCCCCACAGUCAAACAGUCACAAGACAUAAGGAGCCUUCACACAUGCACUGGGUACAGACCACCACCAAUGGUAAUAAAGUUGCUUUCAAUUUUCAGGAUCAAGGUUUGAUUAGUCAAAUGGACGCCCACAUGAUCGUUCAGUUUAAUGGAAAAUGUAUUGUUUUUAGCUGAACUUCAAAAAAGACAGGUUGGGCACCCAAAUCAUUUUAUUAUAUUUUUAACCCCCAUCUUCUACCUCUAGAAAUGAAGAGGUACCAGAUCUUCUUCUAGCUUGGAUUGAAGUAACUGCAGCAGCACUCUGUUCUGUGAUAAAUGAUAUUUAUUCGUGCAUCGGCAACGUUUCGAGCUAUACCAGCUCUUUAUCAAGCCCUUCUUCUAGCUGUCACAGCAAAUAUCUUGGUUUAAUCGGACGACACAAUCAAAAUUAUAUGAAGUAAGUAGGCCCCUAGCUCUUGUGCAAGUACUGGCACCACUGACCGCUAGAAGAUACUGGGCCCCACAGCAAAAAUCAUUUUAGAGGCCCUUACAUUUUUUGACAUAUUUUAUAGAACUGCUUAUUAGUUAGUGCAUCACUAGGCCCCCUAUACCUCCUGAACCCCACAACAGUUAAGGUUACGCCCUUGCUUUGAAGGUGUUCGAAUUCGAUCUGUGGAGCCGAGUAAGCCGGACUGGCCAACUUCCAUCCCGUUCAAAAGAAAGCUGUCGUCACAUAAGGACCUCCAUUUUUAUAAUUCUAUUCAACAUUUAGCAAAAGCUUUAAUAGUGCUGUUGUUACACAGCCCUUGUGUCAUAUCACAUAGAUAUAUCAUGAUAAAUACUCAGAUGUGCAUGUCAGGGCCUAACAAUCAACUGUCACAGGUUCAUGUGUCAUUAGCCCAAGUGUUUCUGUACAAUUCACAAACACUGUAUUAUCCCAAUAGGCCUAUAAUUGUCACCUGUAUCAUUUAGAGCAGGGGUUGCAGCCUUCUACCUGCUGAUAAACACUUCGUUGGCUGCCUCAUGUGGGGGGUGGUGGUGCAAAUGGCUUAUAUUGUGCAAGUGAAAUGUGAAUAUUCUGCUACGGAAUUUUACAAGAUAAAGGGCUGAUUUUAUUGAGCUGAAUCUGAGCAUUUCAUUUAUAAACAGAAAAAACUUGACUGUAACAGAGUAAAUAAAUACUUACCAUUUGUACAAA